UCUAACGCUCUGAGGCGGCCCUGAGGCGUCAAUGUGGUCAUUACGGUCAAUAAUUCAAGUUGAGUUCUGCUGGCUGAUGAAUUCUGACGUGAACAAAACUUGUUGAUCGUCUCGUCUCCGUGUCCAGUCGUAAACACCACAGCCACCAGGUGUGGUUGGUGACGAUUGUGACGUUAUAAGUGCCAAACUGGCAGUCACGAAAAUCUGUGAAGUAUGAAUCUUUUAAUUGUGACUUUUUCAAUAUGCCUUCAUCUAUCGCUAGUCUGUUGGUCCAUGCCGGCAUCCGACUCGGCUUUGGCUCAGGCCGACGAGACGUUUCUGAACGGACACAAGUACAUGUCACACGACGAACUGUCAGAUUUUCUCCUUAAACUUGAAACCGAACACCCUCACCUAGCAGCGAGGCGGUCUAUAGGGAAGUCAGUAGAAGGACGUGACCUGUGGGCCCUAGAACUGAGGGCCAAUGUAGGUGCGGAGCGACCUCUGGGCCAACCCAUGGUGAAAAUGGUUGCUAAUAUGCACGGCGAUGAAACCGUUGGCCGGGAGCUAUUGAUUUUCCUCGCACAAUACUUGCUCAAUAAUUAUGGGAAGGUCCCCAGACUGACCCGCAUGCUCAACCGAACCAAUAUUUUCCUUAUGCCCUCCAUGAACCCAGACGGCUACUCUCGCUCAAAGGAAGGUAGUUGUGAAUCGAUUCCUGGCUAUGUUGGACGCGAAAAUGCUAACAAUGUUGACCUGAACCGCGACUUCCCGGAUCAGUUCACUUCUUCAGACAAACAACCAGAAAAUUGCCAGCCUGAAACACAGGCACUUAUGAAGUGGAUUGUUUCAGAACCUUUUGUUUUAUCCUCAAAUUUACAUGGAGGUGCCAUUGUUGCUAGCUAUCCAUUUGAUGAUACACCAAGUGCAAAUCAGGAGCAGUCUCAAAUCGAAAGUGCAUCCCCUGAUGAUCAAGUUUUCAAAUACUUAUCUUUGGAAUAUGCAAAGCAUAAUCCCCAAAUGUCUAAUGGUAAGGCCUGUAAAGGAGAUGACUUCCCUCAGGGGAUUACAAAUGGGGCAUACUGGUACAAUGUUGAUGGUGGAAUGCAAGAUUUUAACUAUGUUCGCUCAAACUGCUUUGAAAUAACAUUUGAACUGUCAUGUUGCAAGUUUCCGAAAGUAUCUGAACUACCAUCUUACUGGCAGGACAACCGAGAGUCCUUAUUAAGAUAUCUAGAACUCGCACACAUGGGUUUUAAAGGUCUUAUUGUUGAUACCAAUAAUAUCCCAAUUCCAAGUGCUGUUGUAGUAGUUGAAGGUGUAAAGAAAAAUGUGACAACUACAACCCGAGGAGAAUUUUGGCGACUUCUCACACCUGGAACAUAUAGUGUUUAUGCAAGUGCCUAUGGUUAUCAGACAUCUCAACCUCUGUCUGUAACUGUGUCAAAUAAUGAUGAACCUAUUGUGGUCAACUUCACUCUGCACUCCUAUGACAAUCAAGGAACAGGAAAAACAGGUGAUCUUAUAUCAAAUGUAAGACUUCAAACAGAUGGUGAGGGAUUCAUGACCGACACAGUUUUUACGCAUCACAAUUUUUCUGAAAUGGUGCAUUGGAUGACAUUUUUAUCAAGAACCUACCCAAAAAUCACCCGUCUGUAUUCAAUUGGCACGAGUGUGCGUGGACGUGAAUUGUAUGUCCUGGAGAUUAGUGACAAUCCAGGCCAUCAUGAACCAGGGGAACCUGAAUUCAAGUAUGUUGCCAAUAUGCAUGGCAAUGAAGUUGUGGGACGGGAAAUGCUGCUUCUGUUGGCCAAGUAUCUUUGUGAACAAUACGGAACGGAUAAAAGAAUAACUGAACUAAUAGAUACCACCCGCAUACACUUAUUGCCUUCAAUGAAUCCAGAUGGUUAUGAAGUAUCACAUGAAGGUGACAAAACAUCCGCAAUUGGGCGUGCUAACAGCCAUGGGAGGGACCUUAACAGAAACUUUCCUGAUCAGUAUGGGAGCACAAAUGACAACCUUGUUCAGGAGCCAGAAACAAAAGCAGUUAUGGAGUGGAUUAGGAACUAUCCUUUUGUGCUGUCAGCCAAUUUACAUAAUGGAGCUUUAGUAGCUAACUAUCCUUAUGAUGAUACAAAAAAUGGACAUAGGGGUGCUAACCCUAGUCCAGACGAUGCUGUUUUUAAACGCCUGGCUCAUACGUAUGCCAAUGCCCACCCAACUAUGUCUUUGGGUGAACCAUGUGGCAAUGAUCCAUCACUUUUAAACGAAAGAUUUCCUAGUGGGAUAACUAAUGGAGCAGAGUGGUAUGUAGUUCCAGGAGGGAUGCAGGAUUACAAUUACUUGCACUCCAACUGCUUUGAACUUACGAUCGAAAUGGGAUGUGACAAGUUCCCAAAUCACACUGAAGUACGGAAAUAUUGGCAGGACCAUCGUACAUCAUUAAUUCUCUAUAUGGAACAGGUACAUACAGGAGUAGCAGGAUUUGUAAGAUCAACUGCUGGCAUUGGUCUAAAAAAUGCAAUUAUUCGUGUCAAAGGCAUAGAUCAUGAUAUAACUACUGCAGCUGAUGGUGACUACUGGCGGUUGCUUCUACCUGGAAAGUAUAGCAUAACAGCGUCAAUGCAUGGUUAUGAAAGCCAGACACAGACUAUUGAAGUGCCCGAUACCGGCGCAACAACGUAUAUUCCAGCAAGACCAGCACAAUUGAAUUUCACACUUCUUCGAGAUGAUAUUCUUGAAUGGUCUAGUAGUCAUGACUUUGAUAUACCGGAAAAUGUGUUAAAUAUGUACAAGUUACACACAUCAGAAGAUAUCAGGAAAAUUGUUCAAGGCAUGGAAGUAAAAUAUCCUCAGCUGGUUGAAGUGGUAGAUAGUUUUACCACAGAAUCAGUUCUCCACUACAAAAUAAGUGAUCAGAUUGGGGCACCAGAAGAAAAUAAGUUUCAUAUAUUGUUGAUUGGGGGGUUAUGGGGUCCAGAAUCAGUUGGUGUGGAACUCCUUCCUCGAUUAACACGACAUCUUGUGGCUGCUUUUAAUGCCAGUGACACCAAUGUAGUGCAUAUCCUUAAAAGUAGUGUGAUUCAUAUGCUGCUUUUAUUUGACCAAAGUGUCAAUAACACAUUAGAUUGUGGACUCUCAACUAAUCCUGGGGGAGGGAUUGGUCAGUUGAUUGCCAGUCCAGGAGUUGGGGAUACAGAUGCAGAAAAUAAAUUGUUAACCAAAACCAUAGAUCUUCUGAAGUCUGAGCCGUUGAAUUUAAUUGUCAGUCUUGAAGGAGGUGGUCUACAUCUCAGGCACAGCACUCAAUCAGAUGAUGUGCUAAGAGAUGCUCUUAUAAUGUUGGAAAAACAUUAUGAGCAGUCAACAGCCAGUGAAUGUGAACCUAUUCAAGGUGUGUCUCACGACAACAUGGAAGAUCUGAGACAACGAAUGGUUGAUGCGGUGUAUGCAAAAACAGGAAAACCUAUGUUAUCCAUUCAAGCAAGCUGUUGUCGUCAUGCAAUAGCUGCAGCCAUUCCAAAAUUGUGGAAAAAUAACUUAGAAAGCCUGCUGCGUCUCUUGUCAGCAAGUGUACAGGGUGUUAGAGGCCAGAUUAUUUUUGAAAAUGGUGAACCAGUACGUGGUGCCAUUUUGCACAUUAAAGAUUCAAACUAUGACAUUCCAGUUUCUCCCAACAUGGCAUAUUUUAAUGCUAUACUAGCAACAGGAUCUUAUGUUCUCCAGGUUCCUGCUGCAUAUGGAGCUGAAGAAGUCCCAAUAAAUGUGGAUGAAAACCAUCUUACUGAGGUAGCUUUGAAAGUUACAAAGAGUGCUCAAAUUCCAAGCCCAUCUGCUUAUCAUAGCCUUCAAGACUUAAUACAUAUAUUAAGCGAACUUAAUGGCCGCUAUCCGAAAAUAACGCGAUUGUAUGGUUUGGGAGACACUUCACCUGGUCACAUGCUCAAAGUACCAGCAUUAGAAAUUAGUCUGCAGUCUAGGGAUCCACUUACUAGCAGCCCUCCAUCUAUAGCUUUUGUUGGAGGUUUUCAUUCAAAUGAAGGCAUAUCUACAGAAAUCCUUAUACAAUUUAUCCAGCACUUACUUCGUAACUAUGGAAAAGAUCCACGCAUUUCUAAAUAUGUUGAGAACUUGAAAAUCCAUAUUAUUCCAAAUGUAAACCCAGAUUCUUCAAUGGAAUCAGAUAAGACUAAUGUGGAAACUGACUUCCCAAUUGAUAACAUAGAUCAUCAACCUCAGCUUUUGGUUACCCAGUAUCUGAUGUCAUGGCUUGAAACUGAAAGACCUGUCCUUGCUUUAGGAAUACGUGCUGGAUCAGUGCAUGUUUCAAUUCCCUUUGGCAACACACAUCCUCAUUCAUUUCAUUCCUCGAGUGAUGCAAAUCCAUACGCCACAGCAGAUGAUAAGGUUUUUAGAGCAAUUGGGGAACAUUACGCAGCACUUCAUGAAACAAUGUCUAAUGGAGUGCCUCACUGUAGCAAGUCACCCACUGACAUUUUUGAAAAAGGUGUCACUAAUGCAGGGCAAUGGAGGCCACGCACUGGAAACUUUAUGGACUAUGCAUAUCAAAGAGGGGGUGUCAUGGCAAUGGAAAUCUAUGUAGAUUGCCGUUUAUUACCUGACAAGGCUCCCAUUUUGGAAACUUGGCUUUCACAUAUGAACAGUAUACUAUAUCUGUUGGAUGUAGUGAACGGCACUGGUGCACCGGGAUUUUCAGGUUACAUAACAGAUGAGAACAAUAGACCUGUGGAAAACGCCCGGUUAAUGCUUGAUGGUAAAUCUUUUACUGUAGCUAGCGGGAAGAAUGGUGCAUAUUUGAGACUUACCACCCAAGGGGAGCACACUGUGACUGUAGAAGCAAAUGGAUAUAACUCUGUCACAAAAUUACUUACCAUAUCUUCUACUCAACAAGUAAAAGUGAUGUUCCAUUUAACAAAAGAUGAGACUGUAUGGGGAAUGCCCAGAAUCAUUUUUGUAAUGUUUGCUGGUUUGAUCAGCCUUCUUUUGGUUAUUUGUGCUGCUGCUUGUUAUUCUGUGUAUCAACGACGUUCAAGUCGUCGACGAGAUGAUAGUUAUUCAUUUUCUAUCUUGUCUCAGAGAGCAGAAAAUUUUGAUAGUAUGAAAGAAAUUAAUAUGUUUGCAACACCAGGUUUGAAUGAGCUUCGAGCUAGACCAUAUCAUGAUGAAGACUCAACUUCAGAGGAAGAUAGUAUUAAUGGUGAAGAUGACAUUGUUGUUGUCCGCACAAGUCCAAGCUUUGACCAGUAGUUGACUUCACUGAUAUUUUUGUUUGAUGUGUGAUUUAUGCAGUAGGGUGCAAUGUUUGAAUCACUGCUUCAUUUUUCCUCAUUAACUUUAGAAUGUUUUGGGGUAAUUUCAUUUUUUGUGAUAUUUUUAAGGUUUUAUUACAGAUGCAUAUUGAAUAUUACUGUUUUGAUUUAUGGGAAGAGAAUGUCCACGAGUACAAAGACGAAGACUUCUUUUUCAAUAGUAAAUUUGUUGAUAUUAAAUUAUUUUUGAUAUUAUGUUAUUGUAAGGGAGCCUGGUUGUGUUCUAUCAGUUCUAUUUUAUUACUAACUUUUCUGGUACGGCUGCUAUUUUAAAAUCUGUAUGUGUACUCUUAGUCCCAUUACUAUUUUACAUUGACUGCUGUGAGGUUUUUGAAUGCAUUUUUCCAGGACGUAAGUCCUUGGACUUUCUCAUUUUUUCAACCAUAAACUGUCUUAAAUAUAUUUUUACUAAUUCAUUAAAAUUAGUCUUUUAAACAUCCUUUUAACAAUAGAAAUGUUAAAUGUUUUGUAGUUUAUCUAGGUAGUAGAUUACUUAUUAAACAUGUGAUAAUUAACAUUUAUCACUGAGCCGUCCAACUGGUCAAAUGUGCCAGUGUGUAAUCUCUGCCGGGAAUUUCUAGAAGUACCCCUUUACUAUUUUUUAAAAAAUAAAAUAAAAAUUAACAGAAUAUUUAUUCAAAGUAAACAAGGGGGUAUCUCAAGCUCAUUCCCAUCUCUAUGCUGUGAUACAUCAAUAAUGGGAGAUACUUCUUUAAAAGUUGAAAAACAGUGUGGAGAGAGUCAGUUUAUAAAGAUAAGCAAUAAAUAUUAUUGGCUGUGACAGUAUACAUCUGAAUGCACUUAGAAUCCGUAGUUUGUUUUAUUUAACAGUUUGUUUAAAUAAAUGACCAAUUUAGCUGGAGAA